UCGUCUGUCUGUCUGUGAGUGUGAAUAAAUGACUCCGGCCUCCUGCAUGUUUUCAUUAUUUCUUAACCCCAAAAAUAAUCAAAAUUAAAAAUUUGUUUGGAGCACCUAUAAAAUAAAUAACAGUGUCUCUUUCGGCACUCACAUUUAUACUUAACUGCAAUGUAAACUUUUUUAGUAUAAGAUAAAACUUAAAACUGUUUCCCUAGAUUCUUUUUAAACUUUGAGGUUAGGGUUUAGGUAGGUUCCUAACCUUGUCAAUACUUUUGAUAGGACAGGACCUGGUGCAGACGAUUUAAACGAUUCCCUUAGAAAUAAGCUACUGUUAAAUAUAUUUGGCAAAGUAGGCCUAACCCAAUAAGUACUACUACUUGAUUUCUUAACAAUGGGCAAAGUAAAGCCAAGGCACAAGAAUAACAGAAAACAUCAAACACAUCCUACUGGACUCCCAAGCGUGAAAGAUGCAGAAAUGGAAGAAGCUGAACUAGGAUCAUCUAAGGAUGAUACCCUAGUUCUAAACAUCAUUGAAGAGGUGCAAUCAUUAAAUAUUGAAGAAAGGUUAAACGGACUUCGCUCCCUAGCAGAUUUGGCUGAAAGCUCAGAAUCAGUAGAGACGAUUGUUAAAUACAAAAUCUUAAAAAUAAUAGCCCCGUUGUUGGUUGACAAAAGUUCUGAAGUACGAAAUAUAACUGCUGGAAUUUUAAGGAACCUAAGUGCUACAGGUUCUGCAGACAUUUGUGAAAGAUUGGUAAAGGAUGAUAUCAUGACUCCAUUGCUCACUCUUCUACAACAGUACAACGACUGGAAACCAGAAUCAAAGACGGAGAACUCAGACACACUAUUGCAAGCUGUUAACAUCAUUUGGAAUCUCUGUGAAUCUGACGAAACAGCUUUGAAAUAUUUUAACUCAGCGAAUGUUUUGAACAUUUUACUGAGAUGUCUGGACUACAAAACAGUGGGGCUUGACCUCUCAAUUGCAGUUUGCCAAUGCUUGAAUUCUGUUUGUGAAGAAAACACAUCAGUUCUGUCAGUCCUGCGUAGUUACGAGUCAGAUCUUCUCACUCUGUUGUCAAUCUGCGCAACAGACAACAAGAUGAUUCUGCUCAAGACUUUGGCUGCUGGCAUUGUUGUCAAUCUGAACCCAUCCGCUCCUUGGCUAGCUUCAGUGUUGGCAGUGACAGCUGAGUCCUUGGAGAAAGACUUGCGAACCUCAGUGAACCAGCUGUCUAGUCAACUUCCCCUGGACUCUGCCGCUCUCUCUAGUGAAGUGGCAACACUGGUGGAGCAAACUGAGGCGCUCACAUUGGCUCAGACCAUGGCACUGGAGACUCUAGCUAACCUGUCCUCAGAUCAGGGUAAGACAGUUACCUGGACAGGGAAAUAA